AUGUAUACUACGAGAAUAAGGUCACAGUCAGUCAAAAAGCUUAUAUAUGCAUCUCGAACUAUAUCACUGAAGCAUAUUUUAUCUAGGAGUGCUGAUGAGGGACUUCAAAGCAGCGCAUUUCCUCAAAUUUCCAGAGAGAAAAGGAAUAAUGUUUUAAAUAUAUCACCAUUUCAAAUAAGCGAUUCGAUAUCAGGAUAUGUCUCUAUUCCAAAUCUGAGUACUUUUUACUUGGUGAACUUAGUAUUGAGAUCAAUAAUUGACAAUGAUUAUAAUAAAACAAUAAUUCUUUUAGGAAAACUUGAAACCAAUUUCAAAAAGAAUAUGAGCGAAGACGUCUUGAAAGCCUACUUUUCUUCAUUAAUUAUAUUCUUAGCGCAUAACAUUUUACAGCAUAGAAGUUCAUCAAUCCAUGAUAUGAGACUUAUUGUUGAUGGCUUUGUGGGCUCAGAGAAAAUUGCAAUCAAGCAGAAUUUGCACACCCAUUUAAAUAUAGACGUGGAAGAGGUAAAGGCAAAAAUUAUUACAAAUCUCAUCUUGUCAUUUCAAGGUAUAAGUUCGAAGGAAAUACUUUUACAGAAAAGCGUUGCUUCAUACAUCAUGUCGACUUCUCGCUUGCUCAACCUCAACUAUGAAGAAUAUAAAAAAUUGGAAAGCAAUAGAGAAAUAUUGAAAUGUUUCAGAGAUAUAGCAGGAUUACAAUAUGAAGAUACUGGAAUAGCUAUAGAUCAAGUCAAAAAAACUCCAAAGGAGUUUGAAUUCGGCGAAUGUCGUUAUGAGCCUUAUACAAAUGAUUUGGGUCUAACGAGUUUGAGUAAACUUUGCAAGUUUAUUUCCGAAACUAGGUUUACUAAAUUCGAUAGAGGGCAUGAUAAUAGACCACUAUAUGUUAUAUAUGAUGGCCUUUCUUCAGAGGAAAAGACACAAUUUUUCAAAGACUAUUUGGAAUUCAAUGUACAAAGAGAAUCAAAUAUAGAGGCACAUUGCCUAGAUUUAGUAGAAGAUACGACUUUAUCUGCUUCCGCAAUGAAAAAUAAAACAUUAAAGAUGAGUAAAUUUCACUAUUCAAAUUCACAACUUGUCUAUAUGUGGUAUACUGCCAAUUUGAAUCAUCUCACCUCUUUACAAAAGCGGUUUAAUCUUUCAAGCGAACAGAUGAAAUUAGAUCCCAGCGAUGAUGAGUAUUAUUUACGAAAGUUUAGCUCAUUUCUUAGUUUAAUUCCUGAGAAAAUUCUUGUGACAAUGAUCAUCAGCACUUUACUAACCAAAACAUUAUCCUCUGAGAAGGGCUAUUCUACUGUGCUAGACAUUUCAUCAGCACUAGCUUCAUCUUUCAAAAGACUUGCAUUAAAGGAAAUGAAAUUCCAAUACGUUGAGCGUAUAUUCAAUGACUUUUUUGCAAAUGAUGUUGGUAUUCAGAUGUUUAGCGCAUUGUUGAAGGUUUUUAUCGAAAACUGUCGUAUUCCUAAAUCAAUGAUUAACCAGGAAGCCCUUAAAAAUGCACAUGAGCUAAAUGCUCUAAUGGGUGAUAAUUUUGAGUCUUUGUUCAUAAAUGAAAAUAAUGAAAGCUACCCUGCAUUUUGUUGGGGAUACAGUAAGGAGCUACAAAAGCGUACUUUUAAGAACUCUGGUAUAAUCAAGAUACAUCCAUAUUUAAUUGAAGAAUUUGAAGGAAGCAAAAUUUUGCCUAAUCGCAAGUCGUUGUACUUACCAAUGUUAGUCGCUCCGAAAGUUUGGACUACGCCAAAUAGCGGUGGCUACCUUCAAAAUGUCAGACCGCUUGUGAAUUCUAUUGAUAACUCACUGUUGAUUCCAUAUUUUUCAAAAGCUAAUCAAACCGGCCAAUUGAGCUCUGUAUUUGAAGGCUUAAACAUUUUAGGCUCUAAUGGGUGGGCAGUAAAUUCUCCAAUUUUGGAAAUCUUCAAUAAGGUAAUGACAUUUGACAAAGGAUUUUUAAAAAUACCUCCUAAAAUAGAUUUUAUGCUAAAAAAUUUGACGAAAGAAUUGAGAUUGUGUCUGGGAGAUAAUUUGAACAAAAUAGAAUCUAGGAAAAGAAAGAAUAAUCUAAGGCAAGAAUACCAUGACUCAAAGAGCCAGAGAAUGGAACACGAUUUAUUUCAAACCAUUGUAAAUUCAUAUGGAAAGAACGGUGACAUUUUCUUUUUGCCUCAUAAUGUUGAUUUCAGGGGAAGGGCCUACCCAAUGGUAUCAACUCUUUCAUAUUACCAAGGAGAUCUAGCUCGGGGGUUACUCAUGUUUUGGAAAGGGAAGCCUUUGGGCGAGUCGGGCCUUAAAUGGCUCAAAUAUCAAUUGGCUGGUACAUUUGGUAUUUCACAGACGCUGGAAUCAGAAAGGUUAUGUUUUGUUGAAUCAAAUAUGGACGCCAUUUUGGACUCUGCGGAGAAUCCUUUAGAUGGAAAAAUGUGGUGGAGUAAAGCCGAAAAACCGUGGCAAACAUUGGCUCUUUGCAUUGAACUUCGUCGGAUCUCAGAUUAUGUUACAAGCGGUCUCCCCAUUGAAGAGUAUAUUUGUAGAAUUCCUGUUCAUCAAGAUGGGUCUUGUAAUGGUUUACAACAUUACGCAGCACUUGGAAACGAUCAGGAAGGCGGUCUUGCAGUCAAUUUAUUAUCCGAUCAGUCAAACAAAAAGAGAGAUGUAUAUUCAAAGGUUUUAGAAAUUGUGACUACUAAGGUAGUUGAAGAUUUUGAUGACGAAAACAGCUUUGAUAAUUUGCUUGCAAAUAUGGCCUUACCACUUUUGUCUAGAAAAUUAAUUAAGCGGACAGUUAUGACUAGUGUGUAUGGUGUGACAAAUUAUGGAGCAGCUGCUCAAAUAGAGGAAAAGAUCACGGAACUAAUCCGGGAAGUAGAUUUUCAUCUAAGAGUUGGCGACCCCUCUUUAUUGAGUAACGAGCAACUAAACAACUUGAAAGAUAACAAGAGAAGAGUAUCGGCUUAUUUAUCUGGAAUUGUAAUUCGAUCAAUAUCUGAGUUAUUCUCGGGAGCUAGACAAAUUCAAGAAUGGCUUGAAACUAACUGUUUUAGGAUUUUGAAUUCUUUUGAUAUAAACUCUUUGAAUUUCAUAAAAAAAACAUUCAAGAGAGAUCAAGAUUUUUUCCAGCCACUUCUUUUUAACCCGAUGAUGUGGACCACAAUUUCUGGCUUUCCUGUGAUUCAGCCUUAUAAGAACACUAAGCUGAUCAUUUUACCUACUGCACUUCAACAUAUAUUGAUUAGAAAACCAAACAAAAUUGCCACCAUAGACUUACAAAAACAAAUUCAAGCAGUUUCACCAAACUUUAUACAUUCACUUGAUGCUAUUCAUAUGUUUAUGACGUGUUUAGCAGCCAGUAGAAAAAGUAUUGCUUUUGCUUCAGUUCAUGAUUCAUUUUGGACACACCCUUCGGAUGUUGAUGAGCUUUCAAAGAUCAUUAGAGAAGAAUUUGUUAGGCUAUAUGAAUCAAAUAUUAUCGAGUUACUAAGAGAUGAUUUUAACUUCACCGUGAGAAAUUCAUAUCAACUUUUAUGGAUAAAUAACUCUACUAAUAAAGAAUUUGUUGACAAAUUACUUCAUUUUAGGGAGAAUUUUCAUAAUAUUAAAGCGCCAUUCACAAAGCUUAAGUACAACAAAAUUUUAAAUGUUGAGCUUGAGGUUCAAAGUCUGAAGGCUCAUAAUCAAAUCAUCGAUCUAGUUCAACGUUAUAACCCGACGUUAUACUUUAGGUCACGGAGAAGUGCUAACUUCUUGGAACCAUAUACGUCAGAGAUCGAUACGAAAAAAACCGAUGGGGCAGUAAAGUUCUCAAUAAAGAAAUUCACCCCUAUACUAUUUCCUGUAAAUAUAUUAAAAAGUCCACCAACAGGUGAACUUGACAUAAAGGGGGUAUUGGAAAGUAAGUACUUUUUUUCAUAA